AUGGCAGACCCAACCCAAUCGCAGGGCCAUGGAGCCCCAAAACUCCCUUCCCCGCCAACUGUGCUCAGUCCGCUCUCGUCAGGCAGCGGAACCCCGAUCUCAUUCCAAACAAACGUGAACCGCUCCAAAACAAAACGCUGGGUGGAAGCGAAGCAAUAUUCUUAUGAUGGAGGUGACUGGGGUAGCGACGACGACGACGACGAAGAGGAGGAGGCGCCUCCUGUAGUACAUCGGCCGCCCUAUGUCACCCGCAACACUGGCAGCUCAUCCGAGUUGUCCUCGAGGCGUUUGUCUAGCAUCGGACUCGGAGCCGGCGAGUCGCACUUGGCUGAUGGCAAAGGUAGGAAUCUUAGUGGAGGAGACCAAAAGGCCUUGCCCUUUGUAAGGCCGGCCGACCUCUAUAAACGCAUGCGCGAGGAGAAAGCCGCACAGCAUUAUCCUAUCACUGGUAGCAAUGAUCCCAAGCCUGACGGGUUUGGAGUUCCGCCUCAAACAGAUCAACAAAAGCUCGAUUUGGGUCUACCGGAAGUCAAGCGCGUAUCUAGCUUUGGUACCGAUUUCUUGGGUGGUGCAGACUCCAACCCGCCGAAGGAUAGCUCUGCAUCUCAGGAGCCCUAUUUGCACCACAACUCCUCCACGGGAUUCCGAUCGGUAGUGAAUCAGGCCUUUGAUGUCCCAGAAACUCCACAAUCUACUGCCACUAGUUUCACACGGUCGAACAGCGAUGGCACUUCGACGAUCAGCCCUAUCAUGGGCAGUCGUACUAUGACUGAUGAAAGAACACCUACCAUUCUCGAGGAGCCGAAUGAGUCAAACUCCCCGAAGGCAACUGCCAAUGCGGUUCCAGCGUUAAACCUAGGUCAUCGCCGGGACCUGAGCCUUCCUAGUUCAGACAACAGUCCUUCGAGAAGGCCCCAAUUCACAGACCAGGACACCCCAACGGCGGACCGUGCAGAAUUAUCCUCCAUUCCUCUACUCCAGAAUCUCUCACCAGAUUCAUCUGAUGAGGGAAUCUCUCCUCCGAACGCACUGAUGCAAUCAUACUCGAACAAUGGGCAGGAUAUGCCUGCCCCUCUCAAAUUCGGAAGCGCAUCGGGCUCUGACGCCUUCCAUGGCGAAAUCCCCACCAUCAUGGGAGCCGAAGAAUCGCCCCAGAAUACCGAUAAUGAUCGCUUGAGGGAGGAGAUUAUCCGAUCAUUAAGUCGGGAAGCCACCCCCUCGGAGGACCCGCCCAGCAACCAACCUCAAUCGCAGGCACCCGCUGAGUUGUUUUCUGAAAGCCACCCAGACUGGACUAACCUGGCUCCUUCGGUGUCUCAAGACCCUUAUGCGACCAGUCAAGACGCGGAUAGCACGAACGUUGAUCCGCUAAAGAAGCCCAAGUUAGAAAGACGGUUUUCAUGGGAAUCCUCUGAUUCGGCAGAACUACAGGCGCCUCAAAUGCCUGGCGGCUAUUCAUCGCCCCCUCCUUUAGCCAAAUCGUUAUCUAUGCAAGAGCCUGAGCCGAUAAGUGAGGAGCCCGUCCUAUUGUCGGAUGUGCUGCACGACCCGCAUGCUUCUGAUGAAGAAGGAACUACUCAGCGUGCUGUAGAAAGGCCUCGACUUUCGAUUGUUCCACCUAUUCCGCAGAACAUUACACCACCGGAGCAAAUAAUGGGACCAGGAGCUACGCCGCCUCCGCCCCUCCAUAUCUCUUCUAACGCCGGCAGCUCAUCCUUUGAUGAAUCCAAACUUUUGGGUUUCCGUGAAAUCAUCGGUAUCACAUCUGUCAACCAGCGUAUCAGGUCUUUCGAACACACCCGCGACCAGUUUGCCACCGUUGAUACUGGUUUGAAUCAUUGGCUAGAGUUUAUGGUUCAUGAUCACCCAGAGUAUGCCGACGUGGUCCAACAGAGCCAGAAUCUCUCCCCUACCGUGCCAGACCCUUCGCGCAUCAGAUUCCCUAAGUUAGGUACUCUUGGGGGUCUCGGUUCCUUGAAUGACGGUACUCCAACUAGUGUCACCCAUAUCCGACGUCCGUCAGGCCACCUGGGUACCGUGAUGAACAAGGAGAAAGUCGGGGAGAAAGGAAAGGAGCUCCUUCAUACUGCGGGAGCGUUUAGUGGCAAGGCUACCGGAGCAGCCAAGGGGCUGUUUGCUAAGGGCAGAAGCAGGUUCCGACCCAGUGGCGGUUCUGAGAAGGUUCAGUCAACUCCAAGUGCUUCCCGGCGCAGCUUUCACUUAUCCUUCCCUUCAAGGCCGGGUGAGGUGUCUGGUAACUCUUCUCUGCGGAAUUCUGUCGCUAUUGGCAGUCUACCCAUGUUCAAAUCUGAGCGAACCGAGCUCAGCUCUGAUCCUGAUCCACCGGGGGUCAGUUUCUGUCUAGAUCGACAGGAUGAACACAAUUCCAGCGAACCUGUCAAAGCGACCAAGUCGGGGGAAAACUACCCGUCGUACAACCGUGUUAGCGAGACAGCUGUGCAACCGAAGCAACUGUCCUCUUCCAGCGGUGUCCCUCCUAGACCUGAAGUUCCGGGGAAGUCUGCCUUUACUGGAGAGUUAGAGCAGGAGAUGAUAGCCGCGCUUGGUCUUUCGCCUACAGAUUCUCACCACCGAAGGGCGGCAAGUACACCGAUGUCGUUGGAUGCAUUUAGCCAGGUAUAUGGCGGGAAACGUCAAUUCACAGAGCCAAUACCGCAACCAGGAGAGAUCCCAACUGGCAAUCAAUCCGUGCUGGCGAACAAAGCCCCAGUCGCAGAAAAUCGGUUGCCAGUCAUUCCCAAUGAGCCUUUUCACGUACCUUUCCCGCUUACGAACCGCCGGGGGCAUCAGCCAAGCAAGUCCACACCGGAGAUUAUUACCCCGUCGAUCCGUCCAGUGCUUGAUGAAAGUCCUCAACCUCCUCCGCCUCCUCCCAAGGACAAUGAUAAUGGGCUUGCACCUAGCCAGGAUUAUAGACGCCAUCCCUCCGUCUCCACACUCGGAGCUGACGAGCAAGCCGGACGUACAUCUGACGAAGAACUCGACAGGGAUCCCCCUUCUCCUUUGCAAGAUGCAGCAAACGAGGUAGCCCCAGAACCCCGGUAUAAACCGGUUGAGCAUUCUGUGGAUGACCAGCCAUCUGUUCAAGUGAAGAGAAGGUCUUUCAUACCUUUCUAUUCGUCAGGGUUCGCAAGUUCUGCUGAGGUUCUCGAAGCCAAAAGAAAAUCGAUCAACGGCCAACCUCCAUCUGCUCCAGAUGUGCAAAGCCCCUUGAGAAAUGAAGUCAGAUACUCGCCGGCAAACCGAAGCAGUAUGCUGAGCUUUGGUAGCUUCGGAAAGCGCAGCGCCAAUAGCAAAGGCACUCGCCCGUCGACACCUGCUAACGGUCUUUCACAAGCUUCAAGAUCGGGAUCUCCUGCAGAGAAUGGAGGAUCUACUAUUGGAAAACUGAAGGACUUUGGGAGACGACGACGCGCUUCUGUGGGAGAUCUCCUCUCUGGUAUUCAACCGCAAGGACCUCAGGCGCCCCCGGGAGGUCAGCGGAAACGGUUCAACAGGAUUAGCGGACUAUUUGGCCGGCAAGACUCUCACGACCCUGAGAGAAAAUCGAGAGACCACACAAGAACCAUGUCGGAGCAGCUGAAGAACAAAUACCCGCCGACACACCCGUCGCCAAGUGGAAAUGUGAAUACUAGUCUCGCUACACAGGAUGGACCACCGGUCCUCAGCAAUCCAUUUGAACAAAAGCCUUUGCCGACUCCACGCCCACCCAGCUUGUCAUCCUCUCUGGCGACCGGUCGGUUUUACUCGCAGUUUCAGCCUAAAUUCAUGAAUGAAACCCCCGGGUCUCACCCUGCUGGUACACUCGGCCCGCCUCUCCCUAGUCAUUCCCGGUCACCGUCUCCCAGGUCAUUCUACGAGGAUAGAGUUCCACGUCCACAGUCACCGUUGGAGGAGUUACCAGACCACCAAAUACAUCAACUGCAGGGAGAGGAGCAACACAAGCAAGGCACCCAAGACCAAAACCAGGAGCAGCGGGGCGAUGAGGAAGACAAGGAGCACAUUCAUGGGGGGCCCCUUCGACACGAACUAUACGGGGAGAGAUCCGAGGCGUCAAACCACGGGCAACAACACGAAUUACCAGGCAAUCCCAACCAACAAAGCCUGGCUUCUCAGCUCAGCAUUCGAUCCCGAAAGCCAGCGGUUACAUACUCGGUAUUCCCGGCCUUGGACAACCAUGCAUCCCGCAACACUGCCGUUUCAAACGCGAUAUCCGCGCAUCCUCAUCGCAUUGAGGACCGGGUCCGUGUAGUCAACGACCCACCUCAGCCAGUAGAGCUUGCCAUCACCGCAGACAACUCCAGUGAGGAGAUCGUCAUGUCCCCCACAUCCUACCCCGGACAGGAGUGGAAGCCCAUGCAUUUCUAG